GUUUAUUUAAGCGACAGUGGGAGAGAGAAGACGAGUUUACUAGCCUGGUGAAAAGUGUCCAGUCUCCCAUACUUUUGCAGUUACCUCUAGCCCAGUGAGGUUCCCGGGGCACGUUUGGUAUUUCAGGAAUUUACGACAGGCUCUGCUUGCCUCCACGCCUUCCCCAAAUCUGUGCAAAAGAUUUUUUCCGAGUCCUACUGGUGAUGGUUUGACCUGAGAGGUGGCGGGGGCGGGAAGUCUGGGAGCUGUGCGGAAGGAGCACGGAUGAGCCAGGUGACUGGCACUACAAGCACUGACUACGUUUUGGGUUACUCCUGAUUCUUCAGUCGUUCGAUAGACUACAACCUUAGCUUUCUCUGUUGGAGGAACUAUUAAAAGAACAAAGUUUUUGACAAUGCUGCAGCAAAUAUUGGAGACCAUGUACAUUGAGCCAGAGCUUCUGGCUGAACUGAAUGAAGAACAAAAGCAGAUUCUGUUUUUUAAAAUGAGACAGGAACAGAUUCGAAGGUGGAAGGAAAGGGAAGCAAAACUAGAGCCAAAGGAAAAAACAAUUUCAAAAAAGAAUGGGAAAUCAGUGAGCUGGUUACUGGCAGCUGAUAAUGACGUGUGGGUCUGGGUAAUGGGCGAGGGCCCAGGAGACAAACCAUACGAUCAAAUUUGUGACGAAAUUAUUGCAGAGAGAGCAAGACAACAGGCACACAAAGAGGCAGGAGAACUGAGGAAGGUGAAGGAGAAGGAACUGAUCCGAAGAUUCUCGACCUCACUUCGGCUGGAGAACAAAGGUAUCAGCAGACAGAAGGAGGCUGAGAAGAAAGCUGAAAUGGAUCAGGCCACAAAAGUGGCUGCAGAGCAGGAGCGAAUCCAAAUGGAACUUAAGCAAAAAGAGGAGGAGGAACGGAGGAGACAAGAGGAAGAGAUUAAGCGGCUAGAAGAGGAGAGGACCCAGCAAUUGUACAUUAACUUAAAGGAAGCUCAAGAGAUGGUGCAAAGGAAUGAAAAGGAAGAUCCUGAAUGGCGCGAGAGCUUAAGGAAAUCCAAGGCAGCUGAUGAAAGGCGGAGGUCAAUAGCGAAGCAGGCACGGGCUGACUACAAACGCCAUUCUCUGAAGGCGAUUGAGAGGGGAAAAGUGUCUGCAAUGACGCAGAAUUUCCAAAAUACUCAGCCUCCAGUGAGGCCUCCCGUCCCCCUACGUAAAAAUGCAGUCAAUCGAAAGGAGUGCAAUGUGAGAAGAGAUGCACAAACCCAGAAAUCAAGUGAAAACAGCCAUGAGAGAAUCAUCAGAUGGUUCAGAGAGCAACAGAUCCCACUCAGAGCAGGUUAUGAGAGGGACAGUGACGUCAUAGCACCCUGGUUUCAUGGAGUUAUCACCAGGCAGGAGACUGAGGAGCUUCUGGGAAAAAAGGGAGCUGGUGCAUUUUUAAUCCGAGUCAGUGAGCGUAUAAUCGGUUAUUGCCUGUCUUACCGAAGCAGCGAUGGGUUCAAGCACUUCCUGAUUGACUCUUCGAAAGACUCCUACACCUUCUUUGGGGUGGACCAGUUGCAGCAUGCCAUGCUAGCGGACUUGGUGGAGUACCACAAGGAGGAGCCGAUCACAUUAGCAGGUGCUGAGCUUUUACUUGAAGCAUGCGGCCAGUGCCGAGAACCCCCAGACUAUGCUCAUCUCUUCAACUGAGUCUCUCCAAACCGAGAUGCUACCACAUUCAGUAUACUCUUCCUUCAAAAUGUUCACUUGAGUGGACAGUCGAGCAAGGUAGCUUGAGCCCCGGCGAAGUAUUCAUGACCCAAUUAUUCAAGAACAAAUUAAUUUGCAUUAGGGUCUUAGCUGUUACUAUUUUGCUUUGAAGGGACACAGCAUUUGUUAACAAAGUUUUAUGGUACAUUUUUGUAUAUUGUAGGGUAGAAAUCCUUUUUUUUUGGGUAGCGUGCAAAGUUAAACUAUAUCAAGUCCAUUUAUUUUACUAAUAUAAAAUGGAUAUAGUGUAAAGCUGAUCUGUAAUGUUCCAUUCUCUUACUAUAUAUUAACAAUUAAUCAAUAUGUAGUGGAAGAAAUGUAUUUUCACACAACUGCCAAGAUAAACUGUGACAUUCAGAUGAUUUUACAAAAUAAAGGACAUGA